GAGCAAGAGGCGGUGAAGCCUGGUCUCCUGGUCCUCACUCGUGCUGAGCCCUCUCUGCCUCUGGCAGGGUGGCCAUGGCAUCCGGAGAUCGGAGUCUGAGUUUCAUCUUGGAUCAGAAAAACCUUCGUGAGCUGCUUCUGGAGCUCGACUCACAGCUGGGGGCCCAAGAGGUGGAAAGCCUCAAGUUUCUCUGCCUGGAUUUGGUCAGUAAAAAGAAGCUGGAGGAGGCAGACUCGGCCUUGGAUAUUUUUGAGCUCCUUUUGGACUACGAGCUCGUGCAAGAACAGAAUAUUUUCUUCCUCGCGGAACUCCUCUACAUCAUCAAGCAGAUCAAACUGUUGCAGCACCUCGGGUACAGCAAAGAGGAGGUGGAGCAUAUGCUGCCCACGCGAAGGAAGGUGCCUUUGUUCAGAAAGAUGCUCUACGACCUGUCAGAAGGCAUCAGCGCAGAAACCUUAAACAGCAUGAAGUUCCUUCUGGGAGGGUCACUGCCCAAGUCUGAGAUGAACUCUCUGAAGUUUUUGGACUAUCUGGAGAAACAAGGUAAAAUACGGGAAAACGAUCUGACGUUCCUAGAAGAACUCUGCAAAAAAGUCACCCCGAGCCUUACAAGAAUAAUAGAGAAGUAUAUAGAAGAGAAAGCUGCUGUAGACAAGGAAACUGAGCCAUUGCAACAAGAAGAGGAAGAGAUAAUUUCCCAGGCAGACAUUGAACAAUUCAAUGGAGCCUUACCGGUGGGUACAGUGAUGGGCUGGUCAGUGUUUAACCAUUUGUUUUACCUUUUGCUUCCAACAUCCAAAAAAGAAAAGAAAGAUGAAGCACGAGCAAAAGAGAGGCGUAACUGUGCUUGACUCUUGCACAGCCCUGGGUUUCUUUGACAUGGUUCCUCUUUGCUGUAGGAGAAGCUCAGUCAGGGUCAGUCUGCUGGGUGUCCAAUCUGUGGGGCUGUACAGGCAUGUAUGCUUUGUUUAAUGCUCUACUGUCAUCACUUAGAAAUUCUUAGAAAUGCAUGAACCAGGGCCUUGCAAAUCAUGUGGCAGGUCUUUCCCAGAGAGCAAGAACUGGGUUCCUGCUUCUUACCAUGCUCAAUCUGUCCUUCACAAUGUGACCAUGAUACUUGGGAGACAUGUGGCAUGAUUAAUGUCUCCCCUCAGAAAACUUGGGUAGCUCUAUUAUGCCAGCACUUGUCUGCAGAAGUUAGAUUAGCUGUAAAGAUUGUUGUGUUUU